AUGCCAUCUUUUCGUCCCCCAGUCGCUGAUCCAAUUACGGUCUCCCUUACCGACCUCAAGAGUGGCAAUGUCUCCUUUGAAGACCUACAGUCAGCAUUCGGACCCGAUUCACUCGGAAUCUUGGUUGUGAAGGAUCUGCCGGAGGAAUUCCCUCUCCUGCGUCAUCGAGCGCUUUCCUACGCAUCGUACUUGGGCAACUUGCCUGAAGAAGAACUGGCCAAAAUCGAAAAUGCCGCAUCCAAAUAUCUCACAGGAUGGUCGCUAGGCAAGGAGCAGCUGAAAGAUGGACAACCCGACAAAUUCAAAGGCUCCUAUUACGCGAAUUGUGCCUUCUACGUUGAUCCAUCACUGGAGUGUGCGAAGCCCACACUAGAGUUCUCGCCGACAACCUUCCCUGAAUAUGUAUCUCCCAAUGUCUGGCCCGACAACUCGGUUCUGCCAGGGUUCAAGACGAGCAUCGAGGAUCUAUGUCGCCUUUUGAUCGACGUUGGAGUCUUAGUCGCACGUGCUUGUGACAAAUUUGCCGAGCAGGAAAUCCAUGGGUAUCCUGCUGGGUAUCUUGAGCGGGUUGUCAGCACAAGCAGUACCACCAAAGCGAGGUUGCUGCACUACUACCCACAAGCUCAGGAUUCCACAAACAGCGAUGAGGAUGACUGGUGCACUACGCAUCUGGAUCAUAGUUGCCUGACAGCACUUACAUCGGCUAUGUUUAUCGAUGAGCAGGAAGUACCAGUGACCGUCCCGAGAAAGCACUCAAGUGAGCCUCUCCCUUUACUGGAGGAGUUGGCUGUCUCCCCAGAUCCACAGGCAGGUCUUUAUAUCAGGUCGCGUACUGGACAGACUGUGCAGGUCAAGAUCCCAAGGGGGUGCAUUGCGUUCCAAACUGGCGAGACACUAGAGAGGAUCACCAAGGGCAAGUUCAAGGCCGUACCUCAUUUUGUCCGGGGCGUUGGACCGUCUGUGAGCCAGGGGCGGAUUGCGAGAAAUACAGUAGCCGUCUUUGCCCAGCCGAACCUUGGAGAAGUCAUAGAUUCUGAGCAAGGUCUUACAUUCGGCGAGUUUGCGCGGGGGAUUGCUGUGAAGAAUACCGUAUAA